AUGCAACGAAUAACAAAAAUAUCUGAAGAAAAGCCCUCCCGGGUGUCACAACGGGGUUAUAAAGUUGCCGCCCGCUCAUGCAUCGCCUGUCACCGACGCAAAGUCCGAUGCGACCGAGGAGUCCCUUGCACGAACUGCACCCGGUGCGAAUUCACCUGCGUCUAUCCUAAAGAAACCCCCGAGAGGAGAACUGCAUCUCUUCAAAAUGUUUCUGACCGGCUGGAGCGGGUGGAGUCGAUGCUGGCCAGGUUCUGCGAAGCACAGUUCUCUGGAAGCAGUCUACCAUCGGCAAUCGACGACGAAUGCAAUGAGAAACCUGAAGAUGCAAAGAACAGAGAACGUGAUACCCAACGAGAUCUCGGCAUGAAAUUGAAUCAAGUACAAUCUUCCCAGUCGAAUAACAUGUCCUGGGAAGUCCUCCUAAACGAUGGACAUGUGGUUCAAUAUGUGAAUAAUGCCAAUAUCAAAGAUCUUCUUCAGGACGAAGACAAAAUGAGAGCAACCCCAUCACCCUCAAAUUACAAUUCACCGAAUCUCCAAAGAAACUUGAACCACAUUCCAACCCCACUGCCAACAACACCAGCACACCAGCUUCAAAACCAAACCCAACGCCAACCCCAAGAAACCCCAAUCCUAACAUCCUACCCAGCCCCCGAACUAGCCCUCCACCUCUGGUCAACAUAUACCAAAGCAGUCGACCCAGUCCUAAAAAUCCUCCACAUCCCAACGACCCAAUCCGCAGUCCUAGCCACAAUCCUCGACCCAGCAUCCGCCACCCGCUCAAUGCUAGCCCUAACAUACGCAAUAUACUACGCAGCCAUCACAGCACUAUACCACACGACCCCAAGCUCAAGCUCCAGCCCCAGCGAAAUCCGAGUCCCCUCAGCCGAAACAAAAGAAGACCAAACAACUCUCCUAAAAACCUACAAAUUCGCUCUAGACUCGAUCCUCCUCUCAACAGAUCUAAUGAACACCCCAGAUCUAACUUCUCUACAAGCACUAGCCAUAUACGCCACAACCCUGCGCACUCACUCCCCAACCCGAAUAGUCUGGGUCCUAACAGGCCUAAGCAUCCGCCUCUCCCAAUCCCUCGGCCUCCACCGAAGCACAACCCUGCACCUCCCACCCUUCGAAACAGAACUCCGCCUCCGCCUAUGGUGGCAUCUCUGCGUUCUCGACUCGCGGGCCCCGGAAGACCAGGGCUUUGAAAUUAGCGUUGAUGUUUGUAGAGAGACAUUACGCUUGCCGCUUAAUGUUAAUGAUGAUGAGAUUUGGCCCGGGAUGAGGGAUUUCCCCCCUGAGAGGGUGGGGUGGAGUGAGAUGGCUUUCUUUUUGGUGCAGGUUGAGUCUUGUUUGCUUUUGAGGCCGGUGCUUGGGCCAGGGCCCGGGGCUGGUAUUUGUGGGAUUGCGGAGAAGAGGGGGCUUAUUGGAAGGAGGAAGGGGGAGGUUUUUCGGAAAUAUGGGAUUCGGGAUCCAGCUCAAGGUUCUGCAUGUGAGAAUCGGGAUGGGGAUGAUGAUGAGGAGGGUAUUCUUUGUCGACUUGCGAGGCAGCAUUUUACGACGGUGGAGUUGAAGAUGGGGUUUAUCUUGAGGGUUAGGGAGGAGGUAUCGAUAUCGAUAUCACGAAUGCAAUCGAAUGUUGCAUCGGAAAUUGAGUCCGAAUCCGAGUCCAAGUCAAGGCCGCAUUCUUUCACACUAGCGUGCGAUGCAAUCGGUUCCAAUCGAAGACUCCUUCGAUCCGACUUCUCGCGUGGGUUUCGCUGGUUGUUUACGACUUAUACGCAGUGGUAUGCGCUUGCUUAUGUGCUGCGGUGUUUAUGCAAUGUGCCGGCUGGAGUUGACGCCGCUGAUAUUGAUCGGGCGUGGGUCUUGGUUGAUGAUGUCUUUCCUGAUAUGUCCAUGUCCAUGUCCUCUGGUGUGGGUGUUGGUGGGGGCUCGGAUGUGGAGCAGCAGGGGAGUAUCUGGAAGUGUUUGCUGAGAUUGAGGCAGCAGGCUUUGUUGUUGAGGCCGGGGGGUGCAUUGGAUGAUGCGGGUGGGACUCGGAAUAGCAGUGUGAAAGCGAAGGUUCAUGCCAAUAUGGAUGCCGGUUCCAUGGAGGUGGAUUUUGGGGAAUUUGAUAGUAUGCCCAAUAUCGGGGAUGGGGAUUUCAAUGCGUUUUCCGGCUUCGCGACAGAUAUUCCGUUUUUGCCGGAGUGGAAUGCGAUUAUUCAUGGGUGUUUUGAUGAGAUGGGGGAGUCUGUUUGA